GGCCAUUAAUCCUGCCUCAUCUCGUUGCUUCUAUGUGGACAUACAAGUGACCCCUACAAAUCAUCUGUUAAUGUAACUUUCAUUAUAUAUGUAAUUAUAUAAAUUCACCACUAAACAAUUUGUCCCCAGGAUGACACAACAGUAUGUUUCUGAGCAUGAGAAAUGACCACUAUACACUUUAGGACUCAAACUGAACUGAACACUUUCUAUAAAGUGCUCUUCCUUCUUCCCUGCAGUGUUUUUACAUCCCAAAGUGCCGCAAGGAUCAUGCACUGAUGCACAGCAUUGUGAUGAACAUCUCAGAGCAACUGAAGACGCACCAACAGGUUUUGUGUUACUAUGACCCCUCAGAGCAGCAGGACAGUGUCCUCCUGACACGUCUCUAUGGCCGCGGGGCCAUCAUUAGCUCUCUCCUCUGGCCCACAUGCACGCUGGUGGCGGGCACGCUCAUCAUUGCAAUGGUGAAGCUCACUCAGUACCUAUCCUUCCUGUGCAAGCAGAUCAGCCGCAUUAAAAGGAUGGGGCUCUACCCCCUAACAGGAGCUUCUCGCACCAGGGUCUGCACUCUGAAGUUUAAUGGCUGCAUCCAGAAUAGGGUUUGAAAGGAGGUGGCCAUGUGCAAAUUUCUCAACGUACAUGUUUUCUACCCCUACGUAAAUAGCAAAUUGUUUGUGCUCUCAUGUGGUUUUCCUCUGAUACCCCAUCAAACUUGUUAAUCUGGCGAGUUGUAUAAGGCUGAAGCAAUGUUGUGAUGGAGAACUUCCUGUACAAGUGAGAUCAGAGCUUCUGGUGGCCGGUCAAGUCCAAUCCUGAAACUCAAGGGUCAAAAUAUGUGGUCAUGUUGUGGGGUGUUGAUUACACUUUCUGACCAACAGAUCAAAGACUCCACUCCAAGAAGAUGCCAAUAUGUGUAGCGAUAUGUCUUGACCAGCUGACGCUUAUGUAAUCAGAAAUUAUUAGUAGUAUGACUAUGCUACUUCCAUCAGCGGUGACUGCUUUCAUUCAUGGCUCUUUGACAAACACCUGUGGAUCUCUUCAAAACCAAAGGUCAUAUGUUGAUUGUGAAUAUGAGUCAGAAUUUAUUCACCCUUAAUUCGCAUAGUGUAAUUUCAGUUAAGUUCUGCAUUCUUUUCUUUUUUUUCCCCCACUUCAGAGUUUUUUGUUGACCAGAAAUGUUACUGUCAUUUGUAGAUACAUGGGUGUAAUGUCUCAUUGCAAAACAAAGGCAGCAGCUGGACUGAGUGAUUCAUAAAGUUUUGCACGGAAACAAACUAAAGUGCCUCACUUCAUUUAGACGUAAUCUACACUGACUGAAUAAAUCCAAUAUGUGUAUCAUCUGAUAUUAUGCUUAGAACAUGGGACACUGGGGCUAGUUUCUAGAAAGGUUAUGUUCAUUUAUACAAAUGCUUGUAUUCUGUAGCAGGUUUUUUUUUUGUAUGAUGGUUUCAAACAUUUUUAAAACCCACAGAAAAUAGAUU